AUGGCGAGGGAAGCAAAUUGUGUAGAGAACCAGUUCGGCCUAACGGAAUGUCCCCAGACUUUAAGACAUGGUGAGGUCAAUCAUGAGCACAGUGGAUCGAACAACGAAGCACCCAUACCUUCAAUUGACCAUAUCGAGGCUGCAGCAUCCGUUGAGCACUUAGAGAACCUGUUACAUAGUACGAAUGAUGCUAUUAUUGCUGAAAUUGACCAGCCAAUGUCAUCACAUUCCAUGAGUUUGGGCACAGAUGAGUGGAUGACAGCCGUUGUUCUCGCCGAAAAGCAAAUAUUCUUUAGCAAGAAACAAUUGUAUUCGAAGAUUCGUGUGCUUGCUUUGCAAGAGAAGUUUCAAUUUCGGGUGACCAGGUCAAGCAUGAAAAUGUUAACCGUUGUAUGUGUGGACGAUAAUUGCAAGUGGAUGCUACGUGCUUCUACUGUCAAGCAAUCUGCAAUCUUCAUGAUCUGUAAAUUCAUCAACGUGCACACAUAUUCCCUUGAUUUUUGUCAUAACGCACAUCGGCAUGCCACUAGUUCUGUAAUUGUCGAGCACAUUUUGGGCAAACUGGAUACUCCAGGUCGAUCGUAUGACCUUACCGCUAUUGCACGUGAUAUGGAACGUGAGUUAGGUGUGAAAAUCAGUUACAACAAAGCUUGUAGGGGAAAGUUUCAUGCCUUAACUAUGCUACACAGUAUACCAGAAGCCAGUUUUCAGAAAUUAUCUUCAUACUACCACGUCGUAGGAGAGAGUAACCCGAGGACAGUAACCCACAAAGAACUCGAUUCUCAAAAUAGAUUUUAUUACUUCUGCCUAGCUUUCGGUGCAAGCAUUCGUGGUUACACGCAGUACUUGAGACCCGUUAUUUAUGUUGAUGGCAGUCAUCUGAAGGGUCCAUACAAAGGGACACUUCUACUGGCAAUAGCGCAAUAUGGUAACAAACAGAUAUAUCCGUUAGCAUGGGGGAUCGUGGAUGCUGAAACCAAUAAAUCCUGGAAGUGGUUUAUGUCCAACUUGAAAGAGCUUAUACGGGACUCCGAAGACCUCGUAUUUGUUUCAGACAGAAAAAAGAGCAUUGACAAAACUAUUACUCAGUUGUUUCUGUUGUCUCACCAUGGUUGUUGUAUCUGGCAUCUCGAAAAGAACCUAAUACAGCGGUACAGCAACGCAAGUGCAAUACUUCUAUUCAAACGAGCUGCUACGACAUAUCGGGUUGAGGACUUUGAAAAACUCAUGGGACAGAUUCGCAGGACAUCUAAAUACUGGAGGGGUGCCUAUAGCGAAACUAUAUAUCCUGUUGGACUUGAAGCGGACUGGGUUGUUCCCAGUUUAAUUACAUUUACUCCUAUUUUACCACCACUCGUACGUUGCCCUUCAGGUAGACCACCGACCCGACGUAAGCAUUCAAGACACGAGUCUAUAUGGUCGAGCAGGAAAUGCACUCAUUGUGGUCGUCUUGGUCAUAAUCGGAGCACAUGUUCAAACCCCAAUGUAUCACAAGUUCUUUAA